AUCGUUGGUCCAUCGUCGUCUCCAGGCACGGAGCACGCCAGCCACCCCGAAGGAACUCCUCCGUGCUCGUCGUCAUCCUCCUCCCCCACGGCCCCACCCCUCCCUUUAGGUGUUGGAUUUGGCGCGGUGCUCAUCCAUCCGGACCUGGCGUUGAUUUCUUUCGUCGGUCAGAGGAGCGGUCUAGCCUCCAGCUACAUAAAAAGGCAUGGCUUCUUCUGUGUUGAAGGCAAUGGCUGAUAAGGCAGGGCCUACCGUUCGUAAGCAGGCCCUAAUGCUAACCGAUGCGGCAGCAUCUAGAGUGCAGCAUCUACUUGGCCUCCGGCAACGUACUUAUCUUCAUCUUGGUGUGAAGGCGCGUGGUUGCAAUGGGUUGUGCUACACAUUGAAUUAUGCUGAUGAAAAGGGAAAGUUCGAUGAGCUUGUGGAGGAUAAAGGAGUUAAGAUACUAAUCGACCCGAAAGCUCUUAUGCAUGUUAUUGGAACCAAAAUGGAUUUUAUUGACGAUCCUCUUAGGUCAGAAUUUGUGUUUAUGAACCCUAAUUCAAAGGGAGAGUGUGGUUGCGGCGAAUCCUUUAUGACGUCAACCAAAAAAAGCUCUGGAUAAUCCAGAAAUACGUGAUAACACUAACAAUUAGCUGAUGUGGGCUUUGGUGCCCAAAGGUGGAGGCUACUGCAUUUCAGCUCCAUUUAGUUGAUUUGUGCUCGGUGCAAUUGUUGUUGGCAUUUCAGCUCCAUUUCUACACUGGACCAUAUUUCGCUCUUGUGUGAGCCAUUUGAUUGGAAGGCCUGAUUGCACUCAUUCUGAGGAUGCUGAAUAUUGACAAUCUACAUUCUUGCUUAGAUGAGAUCAUGGCACAUUGUUUUCAGUUGUAUACAUCUGGGAAUGAAAAAUGUGCAGUUUCUUA